CAAAAAUUUAGCUCGGACCUAGCCUGUCUUACCGGAAGUAAUUGUCACAUUGAACACAUUGAACCGGCCUAGUACACGGGACAGGUGAAGAUCGUAAACGAAGUUUGCAACAAUGAUUCGCAGUGUUGCAAGUCCGAGAACAUCUAGGUUGCUUCAGCAAGUCAUACGCCACACUCGUCAACAAGCACGUUUCAGGUCUAGUCUUCCAUGGAAUACGGUUAUCUUGUUUGUACCACAACAAGAAGCAUGGAUCAUUGAAAGAUUUGGGAAAUAUCAACGAAAACUACAACCGGGUUUAAACUUCAUUUUACCAGUCGUGGAUUCAAUUAAGUAUGUACAGAGCCUCAAGGAAAUAGCUAUUGAUGUUCCUCACCAAGCUGCCAUAACACUAGACAAUGUUACUCUGACAAUGGAUGCUGUGUUGUAUCUGAGAGUCACUGAACCAUAUAAGGCCAGCUAUGGAGUGGAAGAUCCUGAGUAUGCCAUCACACAGCUAGCACAGACCACCAUGAGAUCCGAGAUAGGGAAGAUUGCUCUGGACACAGUGUUCAGGGAGAGAGAAUCUCUCAAUGUGCUCAUAGUCGAUGCACUGAACAAGGCUUCCGAGGCUUGGGGCAUCACAUGUAUGCGGUAUGAAAUCAGGGACAUCAAGCUGCCAUCCCGAGUUCAGGAAGCUAUGCAAAUGCAGGUUGAAGCUGAGAGAAAGAAAAGGGCAGCCAUCUUGGAAUCUGAAGGUAUUCGAGAGGCGGAGAUCAAUGUGGCAGAGGGCAAGAAGCAGUCCAGGAUCCUAAACUCGGAGGCCAACAAGACUGAGCAGAUCAACCAGGCCACAGGUGAGGCUGAGGCCCUGAUAGCAAAGGCUCAGGCUAAAGCCCGCUCAGUCAGCGUUGUGGCAAGUGCUCUCACUCAAAAGCAAGGUAUUAAUGCAGUAUCCUACAACAUCGCGGAGCAGUACGUGGCUGCCUUCAGUAACCUGGCGAAGCGGGGCAACACACUGAUCCUGCCUUCUAACAGUGGCGAUGUCAGCAAUGUUGUAGCACAGGCCAUGGCAGUGUACAAGAACCUAGCUGUCCAUGAGCCUCACACAGUGGAGGCGGAGACAGAGGAGGACGGCAAGGCAUCGGACGACUCCUACAGUCAGGGGGACAUAUUCAGCAGGGAGGAUUCUCAGUCAGGGGAGACACGGACAAACAAAACACUGGAGGAUAUAGAGAAGAUUCAGAAGCCCAAGGGAGAUUCUUGAUGAGUUCUGUGGUAGUAGUUAGAGGAAUGAUAACUUCAACUUUGAACAAUCUACACUCUUGAAAUAAUGACAAUUGUUUCUAUGGAAACUGGUUCUUUGUGACCAGAAACAGAAACUAUGAAACAAACCUGGCAUCCAGGCUUACACUUUAGUGCUAGCAGAUUAUAAGAGUGUCACAGAAACUAUGUAUAAUAUUUGUAUGUAUGAAUAAAACCAUAUAUAUGUAUGAA